AUAAGGAGCUGCCCAGCGCCUGGUUUGCUGAUUAGUCUGAACGUGAGCUCCGAAGGGGAAUUUCAGUGUUAGAUUUGCACGGGUCCGCCGCUUGCCCGGACCUGCUCCUUUAAGACGAUUGCUGUAGGAGUGUCUCUCUCGCUACCGCUUCAUCUGGGGCGUCUGGAUGGUGGAUGAAGUCAAUGAGCAAAAGGAAGGGGAGCAGCAAACCCAGAGGAGAGACCGGCUGGCGAUCUGAAAUUGGGGACUAGGGAGCCAGCCGCCUGCUCGCCCUGUGCGGACAAUGGAUUCUGCUCCCAAACUCUCCGGUCGUUUGACUUUGCUGCUCUUCAGUCUGUGGCAUCUGGGAUUAGCAGCAACAAAUUAUAAUUGCGAUGAUGCACUAGUAUCCUUGUUGCCUCUGACUGCCUUUGACAGCUCCUCAGAGCUCUUCAGCGUUCACAGUCCCAACUUCGCCAAGCUCAACAGACGGGAUGGAGCUGGUGGUUGGUCCCCAUCAGAAUCUAAUCCGCAACAAUGGCUACAGAUUGAUCUGGGAGACAGAGCUGAGAUUACAGCAGUCGCCACCCAAGGCAGGUACGGAAGCUCUGACUGGAUAACAAGCUACAUUCUAAUGUUCAGCGAUACAGGACGCAACUGGAAGCAGUACAGACAAGAAGACAGCAUCUGGGUCUUCACAGGGAACACCAAUGCGGACAGUGUUGUACAUCACAAACUUCUGCACUCUGUGAAAACCCGCUUCCUGCGCUUCGUCCCUCUGAAAUGGAAUCCCAGUGGAAGAAUAGGCCUGAGAGUUGAGGUCUAUGGUUGCUCAUACAAAUCGGACAUAGCAGAUUUUGAUGGCAGAAGUUCCCUCCUGUACAGAUUCAAUCAGAAAAUGAUGAGCACCUUCAAAGAUGUGGUUUCCCUGAAGUUCAAGAGCAUGCAGGGGGAUGGAGUCUUAUUCCACGGAGAGGGACAGCGCGGAGACUACAUUACACUGGAGCUGCAGAAAGGGAAACUCUCCUUGCACAUUAACCUGGGAGAUGCCAAGCUGCGUUUCAGUACCAGCCACACAUCAGUCACCCUGGGCAGCCUUCUGGAUGAUCAACACUGGCACUCGGUUCUCAUCGAACGCUUCAACAAGCAAGUGAACUUCACAGUGGACAAGCACACUCAGCAUUUCCGAACCAAGGGGGAUUCAGAUCACCUGGACAUUGAUUAUGAGCUCAGUUUCGGGGGGAUCCCAGUCCCAGGAAAGCCAGGAACCUUUCUGAAGAAAAAUUUCCUUGGAUGCAUCGAGAACCUUUAUUACAAUGGAGUCAAUAUAAUUGACCUGGCAAAAAGGCGUAAACCUCAGAUCUACACUGUGGGCAACGUGACUUUUUCCUGCUCAGAAUCACCAAUUGUUCCCAUCACCUUUGACAGCGCCAGCAGCAGCUAUUUGCUUUUACCUGGCACCCCCCAGAUUGAUGGGCUGUCAGUCAGCUUCCAGUUUCGAACGUGGAACAAAGACGGGCUGUUUCUGUCCACGGAGCUGUCUGAAGAUUCCGGAGUUCUCCUGCUUUACCUUCACACUGGCAGGUUGACACUUGUCAUACAGAAAGUGGCAGAAAACUCCAUGGAGAUCAGUGCAGGCAGCAAUCUCCAUGACGGGCUCUGGCAUUCAGUUAACAUAAACGCCAGAAGGCAUCGUAUCACCCUGACUCUGGAUAAUGACGUCGCCGCAGCUGCUCACGCAACCACUCUCUUGCAGAUCUAUUCUGGGAACAGCUACUAUUUCGGAGGGUGCCCUGACAAUUUCACCGAUUCCCAAUGUUUAAAUCCCAUUACUGCUUUUCAAGGCUGCAUGAGGCUCAUCUUUAUUGAUAACCAGCCCAAGGACCUCAUUUUAGUUCAGCAAGGUUCCCUGGGGAAUUUUAGUGAUUUACACAUUGAUCUGUGUGACAUCAAAGACAGAUGUUUGCCCAACUACUGCGAACAUGGAGGAAAAUGCUCCCAGUCCUGGACCACCUUUUACUGUGAUUGUAGCGAAAUGGGUUACAUGGGAGCAACCUGCCAUAACUCCAUCUAUGAGCAGUCGUGUGAAGCCUAUCGUCACAAAGGGAAGACGUCUGGUUUCUUCUAUAUUGAUUCUGAUGGAAGUGGACCGCUUGGACCGUUCCAGGUUUACUGCAAUAUCACGGAAGAUAAGAUCUGGACUGCGGUACAGCACAACAACACAGAGCUAACCAGAGUCCAAGGGGCUGAUCCUGAGAAACCAUAUGCCAUGUACUUUAACUACAGCAGCAGCCUGGACCAGAUUGAGGCCGUGAUAAACAGCGCGGAGUACUGUGAACAGGAGGUGGCUUACCACUGCAAAAAGUCACGUCUGCUGAACACCCCCAAUGGAAUGCCAUAUGUUUGGUGGGUUGGCCGUGCCAAUGAAAAGCAUCCUUACUGGGGAGGAUCUCUUCCUGGAGUUCAGCAAUGUGCCUGUGGACUGGAAGAAAGUUGUCUGGAUAUGAGAUAUUUCUGCAACUGUGAUGCCGAUAAAGAAGAAUGGACACAUGAUACUGGCCUUCUUUCCUUCAAAGACCAUUUGCCUGUAACUCAACUCGUGAUCACUGACACAAACAGGUCAAACUCGGAGGCUGCUUGGAGAAUCGGCCCCUUGCGUUGCCAUGGAGACAGACAGUUCUGGAAUGCAGCUUCCUUCAACACAGAGGCCUCCUAUCUUCACUUCCCCACCUUCCAUGCAGAGUUCAGCGCAGACAUUUCCUUCUUCUUCAAAACCACGGCUGUGUCUGGGGUCUUCCUGGAAAACGUUGGGAUUAAGGAUUUCAUCCGCAUCGAAAUAAGCUCCCCUAAGGAGAUCACCUUCUCCAUAGAUGUUGGAAACGGGCCUAUAGACGCUACGGUGCAGUCUCCCACGCCUCUGAAUGACAACCAGUGGCACUUCGUCCGAGCCGAGAGGAACCUCAAGCAAACAUCUCUGCAAGUGGAUAACCUUCCUAAAAAGAUUCUGGAGGCACCUGCCGAGGGGCAUUUUCGUUUGCAGCUUAACAGUCAAUUCUUUGUAGGGGGAACAGCUUCAAGACAGAAAGGUUUCCUGGGAUGCAUCCGCUCUUUACAUUUAAAUGGGCAGAAACUGGACCUGGAAGAGAGGGCUAAAAUGACCCCUGGAGUCAAGCCUGGCUGCCCAGGACACUGUAGCAGUUAUGGUAAUCUCUGUCACAAUGGAGGCAAAUGCGUGGAGAAAUACAACGGCUAUUUCUGUGACUGCACCAGCUCUCCCUACGAAGGGCCUUUCUGCAAGGAAGAGGUUUCUGCAGUGUUUGAAGCUGGCACCUCAGUUACCUAUAUUUUCCAAGAGCCUUAUCCAGUGACAAAAAAUGCAAGCACUUCAUCGUCUGGCAUUUAUGCAGACGCCAUUAUGUCCAAGGAAAACAUUGCAUUUAGCUUCCUGACAACACGUGCUCCGAGCCUCCUGCUCUACAUCGACACCUACUUUCAUGACUAUUUGGCUGUGAUUCUCUCCAAAAAUGGAAGCUUACAAGUCCGAUACAAGUUGAGUAAGGAUGGCUUCUUCAUUUUCACCAUUGACUCUGGAAACCUUGCCAACCGGGAAUUACACCAUGUGAAGAUCAACAGAGAAGGAAAAGAACUCCUCAUUCAGGUUGAUCAAGUUCUCAAACUCAAGCACAACCUCUCGGAGAUUGACUUCAAGGCCAUCAAGUCGCUCACCUUGGGCAAGGUCGGAGAUAGUCUGGGACUAGAUUCUGAGGUCUUGAAGGCGAACUCACAUGGCUUUAUUGGAUGCCUGUCUUCUGUCCAGUACAAUCACAUAGCUCCACUGAAGGCCGCCUUACGACAUGCCAGCAUAGCCCCCGUGACUGUCAAAGGCUCCUUGACUGAAUCGAAUUGUGGAUACAUAGCAGAGGCUGAUGUGAACACCAUCACCACAGUAUAUUCCUCAUCAGAUCCCUUUGGGAAGUCGGAUGAGCGGGAGCCCCUCACCAAUGCAAUCAGAAGUGAUUCAGCUGUUAUUGGAGGUGUAAUAGCAGUCGUAAUAUUCAUCAUCUUUUGCGUCGUGGCUAUCAUGAGCAGAUUCCUCUACCAGCACAAACAGACGCAUCGAAGUAGCCAGGCGAAGGAGAAAGAAUACGCAGAAAACCUCGACAGUUCCUUUAAAACUGACAUUGACUUGCAGAACACAUCGACAAAGGGGCCACAAACAGAGCAAAGGAAGGAUUGAGGCAACGGUUUGCUUCGACGCUACCCCUCUCCAGUCAGGAUAUAUAUUGUUUUUCUUUGGCAUGUGGAGAAAAUGGUGCGGUGGAUGGGGCAAAGAGUAAAAAUUAGGCAGAGACCAAUAUUAUAAUGGUGAUUGGCAAAGGGCCAGCAAUGUGCUCCUCCCGGCGCAAGACACUCAGAAAAAAUAUGGGUCCUCAGCCUCAGCUGCUGGCAAUCAAGGUCCCUCCACCAACGUCAAUGGAGCGCCACUGAUUAUGCCAGCUGAGGAUCUGCUUCCAUGCCUCUCCCCCGCCAGCCAAAUGAGCUUGCAGUCAGCACAGACACUGAAAUACAAUAGGAGAUCCAGGGAACAGUCUUUACGUGCAGUCUUGCCUUUUUCUCACCCUCUCCCCGAUAUUAGCGUGGUGACGGCAUUUUGCCAUAUGACUGUAGCUGCUAACAUACUAAUGGCAGCUGUUUCCCACAAUGCUAGUCAUUACCAUACUGGUUGUGUUCAACCCCAAGGGCCAUUCUAUCCGAAAGCUACAACCAACACUACUCUGCAUGGGAAAUUGUGUACUCACAUUUGCAUGCCAAUUCUAAACCCCCGUUUCCUCUUGAAUCAUUUAAACAAAAUAUUUUCUCACAUGCUUCGCAAUUGCUUCUAAUAUUGAACUCACUGUCAUGUACUCAAGUGGCCCUGUGUCUUUGGAGCUAAAAUUUAGAUGCAGCCAUUCCAUGUCUCCUUAUAGAGCUUGAGACACAGCUGGUUCAUCAGAAAUCCAACAUAAUUCCAUUAACAUUUGGGGAGAAGAACAAGCAGGCUUGUUUAUUCAGGCACCCAACCUCAAGCAAUUGCCUGUGAGAGUCUUGAAGUGAAAAAUUCAUGUAAUCUCUUCUGUCUAAAUAAUAAAGAGAGACCAUGCUUCAGACCCACUUCCUGUCUUGAAACCUUUGGCAUGGAACACACUGGGACAGAUUCAUUCCUCGUUGUAAUCCCUCCAAGGACAAUGGAGGUCCAUCAGGGAUGAGUUUGGCCCGUAACUUAGAAAGUCUCCAAUCACCCACAGCAAGAUGGACCUGAUGCCUGUAAAUUAAAUCUGGGACUUUCCAUUCCUCAAUCCCGGUCAAUGAUAGCUGCAUUCAGUGCACACAUCUCCUUAGGGAAUUAUGGGUGAUAUUUACAAAACUCAAGUGCCCUUUAAACCCUUGAUGUGAGUUGAAAUCACCUUUAGGACCUCGGGGAGGCUCAUGGCCUGACCCAAACCUCCUUAAUAACUACAGGAGUCUUUCUGUUGACGUAAGGGGUUUAGAUCAGGCCCUCACUGCACUGAGAUGAAUUGCACCCUACGUGAAAAACAAAGCCACGUGAUCAGCAAAACUCCUUCCUUAGGCAAGACGAGCAGCAGUCACCCAGGUUAAAAUCUGUUCUAUACACUUUAGAAGUAACACAAAUGGCCUUUUCCAGAUAAGGACAUUUUCCCAUUUGUUUUACGUUGUGCUACUCUCAAAUCCUUUGAAAUGAUGGUAGGUUAAACAACAAUUCCAAAAGGUAGCACAAGAGUCUCUCAGUUACAGUAAAAAAAAAAAAAAAAAAAAAUGGAGGUCUAGCUUUUCCUUCCACUGUCUGGUUUUCUGAAGGGAAUCCCACAGAACGUUGCCUCGGUCCAAGUCAGUUUUGUAGACCAUGUAACAUGUCUUAUUACACUGGAUGGGAUUAAAAAACAACAACAAAAUUUAGCUUUAGCUUCUUUUGUUUUCUAUGGUUACUGUUGUACAGAAGAACGUCUUAAACUGUAAAUACUGUA